CAAUAUAUUUAUAGUUGUCUUUGGCAAGCUCUUGGUCCUGCGCUGCGGCUCGUCGACGCUUCCAGACAGAAGCGUUUUCAGCUGGAGCUCCUACGCGAACCUCGCCCUUUUACACGGAAUCUGUUGCAUUUUGCAACAAGCAGUACUGCAUAAGGAAGGGAUUGUUGUAUGCAAGGCUCGGGAGCGCGCGGAGAGCCUUGAACGCGCGGCCGGAAAGUAUACCCGCCAGUCGCGCGCCAUGGGAGCGGUUCCUCUAACACCCGGGAGCAUGCCCGGGCAGCCAACUCUGUACCGUUCUCUUAGCAACACGAUGACAGCGACAUGUAGCACCAGCGGGCGAUGCGGUCUGGGCGUCGGGAGGCUCGCACCCCGGCAAUCCACACGUUCAGGUCGACGUCGUGUGGCCGCGUCUCCGUCACACGCGUUGCCGCUGCGCACAGGCGGUCAGCCCCUCGCGCUGAAUCUACAGGGCGCUAUCAACGCAGUCGCAGCGUCCCGAAGUACGGCCCUAUCUUCCGGCGCAGCCGGCUCCGCCCCUGCUGCUCCCGGUGCGCCCGCGUCGGGCUGCGUCGUUGUCCGGGGUCUUCCCAGCGGCACUCGCAGGGCCGCGGGCCUGAUCGCGCGCUCCGCCUCCGUCCGAACAACCAGCGUAUCUCCAGGCCGGGGCAGCGACAGCAGCGGCGGCAGCGUGGAGGAGGAGGGCAGCCACUCCGCCAGCGGCUCCGCCAACGGCUCCGCCAACGGCUCCGCCGCGCACUCGGAGGGCGGCAGCAACGGCAGUAACGGCAGCGCCGCGUCCGCGCGGGCCACGCUGUUCGCAGACCUGGAGGACGCCGUGCCCUAUGGCGGCCGCAACGGCAGCAGCAAGGGCGCGCCCGGCGCCGGACCUGCCGCGGUGUCCGCGCCCAACGGCGCCGCAGCCAGCGUCUCUGACGCGGCGGAGGCCCUUUCCAACGCCAGCUCCGACCACGAAGACCGGCUGGCGGCGCCGUCCGGCGCCGCCGCGGCUGUGGGUGCCGCGCACGUCAACGGCUCCGUCGCCGCGGCCCCUGUGCACACCUCCAACGGCACGGUGCGCUCCGCCACGACGGGCGGCAACCUGCCCCCACUGCACGACGAGGUGUGUGUGGUGGAGUUCGGCGCCGACGGCGACCCCACGCUCCGCUGCAUGCCGGUCGCCGACGUGCCCACCGUCGCCGCGGUCAUGCACAAGUCGCCCGACCCCGCGGCGGCGGCAGCCGCCGCCAAUGCCCGCACCGCAACUCCCACGCCUGCCGUCGUGGACGCGGCGAUUGCGGUCAGCCUGCGCCCGGCGGGCUUUGGCCUGCCGCAGGAUGCCAUCCGGGAGCAUCUGGCUGGAGGCGCGGAUCUGGCGUCUGACGUGCGCGGCACGAUGGACCAACUGGCGGCGGACACGGAUCCCGACGGCGCAGAGGCGGCCAUGCGGCGGCUGCAGCCCAAGCAGGGCAGUGUGGACAUGGCGGACACGCCCGAGGGCCUGGCGGACGUGGAGGUGUCGUCCGUGGCGCCCGUGGCGGACUGGCUCAAGGACCAGGACGACAUCACCACGCUCACCUACGCCGUACUGACCGGCGGGCUGGUGGCGGCGGCGGUGUUCAUCUUUGACGUGUCCAUCCAGACCAUCCACGACCUGCCCGACAUCUUCUCCAGUGGCCUGGGCAUUGGCGGCGGCCGCAAGACCGGACUGGAGCUAUUCGGCAUGUCCAUUCCCUUCCGGUGUGUGAUGCCUGUGGCUGCCGGCUUCGCGGUGGCCUACCUCCAGAGCCUGGGCUUCAGCCCCGCGCUCAAGGUGCUCACGCGCGCCAUGGAGGGCGUCACGGACGACUCAGCCAAGGCCAUGCUGCCGAAGUCCUACUGGCAGGUGGCGCGCAAGGCCGCCGCCUCCGCCAUCACUUUGGGCAGCGGCGCCUCGCUGGGCCCCGAGGCGCCCAGUGUGGAGCUGGGAGCCAACACCGCCGCCGUCAUCGCGCCCAAGAACCUUAGCAAGCGCCGCCAGCGCAUGCUCAUCGCCGCCGGCGCCGCUGCCGGUGUGUCCGCCGCCUUCGACGCGCCCGUGUCCGGCGCCCUCUUCGCAGUGGAGUUCGUGCUCAAGUCCAGCCGCCUUGGCCUGGACCGCCUGUCCACCUCCACCGUGUUUGUGUCCACCUCCGUGGCGGCCGGCGUCAUCGGCUUCCUGCGCACACAGGGCCAGGCGCUGGGCAUUGCGGGCGCCGGCACCCACUUGGUGGGCCGCAUCCCCUACUUCUCCAUCCAGCCCAACCUGUUGGUGGACGUGGCGCAGUUCUCAGCACUGGGACUGGGCUGCGCGGUGGCGGCUGUGGCGCUGUACGAGGGCGUGCGCGUGAGCGAGAUCGCGCUGCGCCCGCUGCCGCGCUACCUGUCCGCCCCGGUGGCGGGCAUCAUGACGGGAGUCAUCGCGUACCGCUUCCCGCAGGUGCAGUACGGCUACGUGAACCUGGAGGAGAUCUUCCGCGACUCCACCGGCAUGUCCGCCGGCGACCUCACCGCACUGCUCACAGCCAAGAUCGUGGCCACCUCCGUCUGCGUCGGCGGCGGCCUGGUGGGCGGCCUCUUCGCGCCCUCGCUCUUCCUGGGGGCCCUGGUGGGCGACAUCAUGGGGCACUUCGUGGCGGAGCCCUGGGGCCUGCCCGACCCCACCUCGCUGGUGGUCGUGGGCGCGGCGGCGGUGCUGGGCGCGGCGUGCCGCGCGCCGCUGACGGCGAUUGCGCUGAUGGUGGAGAUCACGCGCGACACGGGGCUGCUGGUGCCGCUGCUGGCGGCCAUCGGCGUGUCCAGCCUGUUCACAGACUACCUGGAGGGCAUCUUCUCCAAGCGCCUGGAGCAGGCGCUGGUGGAGCUGUACCUGCGCGAGAAGGCGUUCUUCUGGGCCGCACACCUGGUGCCGCUGCCGGAGAGCGCAGGCGGCGCGGACGGCGCCAAGACCGUCGAGGACGUGCUGGGCACUCGCGCGCGGCUGUACGUGCGCCACACGCUGCCGCUGUCCCAGGCCAAGGCCGCCAUGGCUGCCAAGGGCAGCAGUGCGGCGGUGGUGGUGGACGACAACUUCUCGCCGCUGGGGGUGGUGUACCUGGAGGACGUAGAGGCGGAGCUCAUCCGGCAGCGCCUGCUCAACGAGCCGGACGCCAACUUCAACCGGGGGUGAUUCCCGACUUGAGCAGCUGUGUUCUCUGACAGGGGCACCCGUGUCCUGGGCGCUGGGCGGCAGCGGCGGGGCGUCAGCAGUGGAUGGCGGCAGUGGCUGAGCUGCGGAAUGUAUUGGGCGGCGCUGUCCGCGGGGGAGCGGGAGAGCGGGCGCAGCAGCGCCGUGACGCAGCACCCCAGGGGCCGGCCGGGCGGGCGCGACGAGGAAAGGGCUGCCCGCCGCUGGCGAGGGACAGCGGCGGCGGUGGCGGACAGGACGCCUGUCAGGGGCGGCGGAGGACGAUUGUUACGGGCAGAGGCGGCAGCUUCAGGGCUGCAGGGCCCGGAGCUGCAUCAGUCUUGGCGAUGCAUCUUGGACACGGAGAGCUGUGGUGCGUGCGCAGCCGUGGAGGCGCUGGAUCACACACGGGCGUGUACGGUUGUCAUUCCGGCCUCGACAUGUUGCAGCACGUGUCGCUGUUGGUCGAAUGUAGGCGAGCAGGUCACAGCAUGGGCCGACCAGGGCGUCAGCUCCAGCGCAUAUAGCAAUACCAGACCGGCGCUGCCUGGUUGCACGGUAUGGCAUCAUGGCAUCUCUGUCUUCUGGUUUGUAUGAAGAAAGCCACGGAAGGGCGCGUCGUUUGGCUGCGUGUGGUUUGGGGUAAACGGGGGGUGGGGUCCGCGACGCUCAUGUACGCGCCGGCAUUUCGUCCCGGCGCCACCGCGCGUGUCCUUGCGUGUUUUUGUGCGUUAUGGCCGAUGCAAAACUGGCAUUGGGUCAAGAGCAAAGAGAUGGGUGAGUGCGGGGGAGCGAGAGCGAGUUGGGGGAAGCGAGCUUUGUGAGACGAGGAGAGUCAGAUCCCGUGCGUCAGUCGUCCGACCGCCACACACGCGGCCGUUACACACGUGCGAUGUGCCAUCCAUCCCCGUGUGCGAGAUGCAGUUUUGGGAAGGGUAGUGGGAGCGGCGGCGAUAGGAAGGGCAAGAAUGGUUGCCUUUCAAGGUUUUGCCUCGAGAUACUUCUUCCGUGCAAUUAUUGCCAAUGCAUGCUAUUCUAUGCGCUUGGUGGCCAUGCUUGGCGAUGAAUACAACGCACGCACCCGCACGCGCACUUUGCAAGCAUGUAUGGAUGUGUGGGGGCAGCCAUGCAGUAGAGGAGUAGGCACCGGAGGAGGAGGAUGGUGAAAGGGCCCCGACGGCAAGCUUCCUCGAACACGACGUUCUUUAUUGGCGAAGAGAGAAAGGAUCUUGGGCCUGUGGGGACGCGGCGUAGGCGAGAGCCACGGAUGGCCUAAUACCGUGGGCACCCGUGGAGGGCAUUGUAGGGCAGAAGCGGUAGCUGAGUAAUUAUUAUGGUUGCAUCAGUGUAGACUUCGCGUUGCAGCAUAGCGCAGGAUGUGCGAUAGCCGAUAGGCGGUGCGGUCAUUCUGGCACGACUUCCCGUGAUGUGGGUCGGGCGUUGCAAUACCUGAGCUUAGUAAAGGGAUGUAGGCGGGAGGGGCUUACCCGUUGUAACUAGACACAUCG